UUGAUAAAUAAACAAAGAGAAUAAUCAAAGAAAUGACUAAUACAAAUAUACAAAAUUUAGAAUUAAAGCUACAUGAAAAAUUUGCUCAAUUACAAUUUAAAGAGGAAGAGCUCAAUAAAUGUCAAGCACAGUUGACUAAAAACGAAAAUAUUAUGUGUGAGCUGAAAAUAAGUUUAGAAAACGAACGAAGAAAUUCUGAUCAGCUACGAAUUGAAUUAAGAUCGGCCAUGGAAAUAAUAACGCAAUUGGAGAAUGAAAAAAUACACAAGCAAUCGGAAUCAUUUCGUUUACAAAUGAACUGGGAAAAUGCGCAAAUAGCUCGAGAAAAUUUAAUUCACCAAAUAAAAAACGCUAAAUUAGAGAACGUACGAUUAGAGCGCAUCAAUCAGGUGUUGGAAGCUGAACUUGCGGAACAAAAAAUAUUAAAUAAUUUAAUAGAAAAUUCAUUAAAUGAUUUGAGCCUGCAGAUUAAGCAUUUAUGUCCUACAAUUUACAGUAAUGUUGAAAGUUUGAAAAAAGAGCAAGGAUACCUCCGCAAAUCUGUUAAAGAAAUAACACAAAUAAAUUAUCGUAUUGAUAAUAUUGGACGUGAAAUUCUUGACAAAAGUCAACAUGAUAAUAAAGAACUACAAGAAUUACGUGAAAAAUUAUCACAGUCACAGAUAAUGUUGGCUUCUUAUGUACCACGUGCUUCAAGUCCGCCAGCUAUCAUAGCGUAUCCUGACUCAAAAGAGUUGACUGAAAAGCUUGAGCACAACAAAAUAAUGGACAAAAAGCUAGAUGAAUUAUGUAGACAAUUGGAACGUAUGGAGUCAACGAUAUCUGAUGAAUAAUGAAUAACAAAUAAUGUCAAAUCAUAAUUAAUAAGAUUAAAUGAUUAAAUUAGCAGAUGUAAGGUUAAACGUUAAUUAAAACACAGAUUAAUAGGAUUAAUAUAAAAUGUAUUAUAAUUAUAAUAGUCGUCGUCGUCGUCAAUUUAUCUUUAUAGUUUUAAUAAUAAAUUUGCUUAGAUGAGUCUAGAUGAAGUAAAACAAAAAUAAAUGCAAAAACAAUUAUUAAAACGCGCUGAGGCUUCAUCAAUGAACAAAUAAAGGAGAUCUUCAAUUAGUGAUUGUACAUCGGCCUUAGUAAUAUUCGUUGAAUGACGCAUGUUUUUUUUUUUUUUUUUUUUUUUUUUUGUGUUUUUUGAACAUCUAGGAAGUUCUUACAGUAAAAAUAAUAAUAAUAACAAGUACUAUCAUUAUUAUAAUUGUAAUAAUAU